AAAAUCCGUUGUUUAGACCUUUCCUUCACUCAUUUCUUUGCCGAUGGCGCUGAUGGUAUCGCCACCCGGGCUGCAAGGAGCUACUGAAAACUCGACUAUGACAUGGCAGGCAGACCUGGAGUCAUUAUUUCACCAUGCCAAGGACCGCUUUCCUGAUGUUGUAUGGGAAGUUGGGAUAGAUGACCAGACGGAAGAGGUGUGGGGGCACAAAGCUAUCGUAUAUGCCCGGGCGCCUCCCAGCUUCCAAAGUCGCUACUUCAGUUUCAAACCAAACACCGCUCCUUCACCUCUUGGAUACUCUUCACCCGUACCCACCACAUCGGCCCUUUCUCUUUCUCUAGGACUCGACAUUCCCCAUCUUGGUGAUGACGGCUCGCGUACUUCGUCACCAAUGCGAGUCACGUCGCCAGCACCUUCCACGAUGACGGGCACCAUUCUACGUUUAAAUACCCCAAUCAAUCCCGCUCUUUUCUCCAACGAACUUGAAUACCUUUAUACCGGCCAAGGCUUUGGAGAGGCCUUUGAAUUUCUUUUCGACUCCUCGGAGUCGCGGCAGGAAGGCGACGCUGAAGAGCUACGUAUCGACAAACUGCGAAAGGACCUCGUUUUCAUGUGGAGGUCCCGGCUUUACUCUGACGUGCGUAUUGAGCUCACAGGGACGUUCUCCUCAUCCAAUCCUGAACAUACAACUGCCAUCUUUUCUUCUCACCGAUUCAUUCUGGUCUCGCGAUGUUCCUAUUUCCACACCGCUCUCAUCUCGUGGCCAUCUGCACCCUCUAAGUCCACCUCUUCCGAACCUCUCACUCUUUCACUUCCUUCCCCACCGUUUACUCCCGCAUCACUGCAUUUCACGCUUGGUUUUAUAUACACCGGCACCCUCGUCUUUUCACACCGCAGUUACGAUCUCGAUACUGCCUUUCAUAUUCUUAGAUCUGCCACUUACCUCUCUCUUCAAACACUCUAUGAUGAAAUACAGGCGCGCAUCGUCCAAGAGAUGAUGCACGGCUUGUAUCAUGCAUUCCUAGAAUUCUCCGAGUACGAGCGUAUAACUGGAGGCAAAUGGGGCACAGGUGGAUGCAGAUGUCGUCAGUGCGCCCGGCGCGCACCCCGUGUCCUUGAAUUCGCGUUAUCAGAUGACGUCAAGAACGCUCACCUUGACCGUGGAGCCCGACGAGCACUAGUUGGUCUCUUCGGCGAGGGCUGGUGUACAUCAGAGUUCUCCGCUCUCCCUCAAAAGAUUAAAGACAAUCUACUCAAGGGUGUUGGCAAACGGACCACCCCGCAGAAUGCCUUUGCUUUGCUUUUCGCUGCAGAACACGCUCUUGGAAAGUUAAACAACGUCAUUGAUGCCUGGGCAGAUUCAGUCCGGGAUAUGAUCUUAUUGGGUCGAAAGACGAUCGAUAAUGUAUUGGCUUCCCAAUCUGACGCGUGCUUCUCGCAACCCGACUGGCUCGAGAUGAUGGAGACGGACGGAGUGCGGUUUGAGGACGGCGAACGCGUUGACUGGAUCAUGGCGUCUGUUAAGAGAGGAGUGAACGACAAGAAUGCUGCUAUUGUAUAUCAAACACUGGUGUCGAACAUCCUGCUACGACCCCAUCCGACGGAGAGUGACCAAGCCAUGCUCCCCUCAACGAGUCACGUACGUGUUCAGGUCGAGCAGACUAGACUGGAUGUUUUAUCCUGGUUACGAAAACGUUGGUUGGGCGUGAGGAACGAAGGCGGAUUCGAGGAAUUAGAAGGAUGGGCUAUCAAAGAAAUAAGUGAUAAUAUUGAAAUUUCUGUCGACGACCUCCUGAAGCCCACCCUCAAUGGUGGUGCAAAGAAUAGUCCGCGAGCUUCCCUGGUCUCUCCGAAGGACGCCGACAAGGACAGCGACAUGCAGUCUAUGCGUGUAAGCGUCCUCUCCCGCAAUCUCCCUGCACGAUCGAACGCAUCUAUCACGCCUUCCGUGCGGAGCGUGCGUACAGCUGCAUCUAGAUUUUCUGUAGCUUCCACUUCCACCUCUGCCUCAUUCAAAGCUUACUCCGCCCAAGUCAUCUUCACCCUACUCCUUACUCCCUCACUCAACGAGCCCACAGAGGAGACAGAAGCUCGUACAACACCGAGCGCACCUUUGCCCAAGAAGAUAGUCGGACCCUCGUCUGUUUCUUCGCGCCGGUCGGUGGCAUCGACUUCUUCCUCAUUGUCUAGACCAAAAUCCACGGCAUCUGUCUCAUCUGUUCGGACAGUCAGGAGCCAGGCUUCAACUGUGAGGAAAUCGACGCCCGCCUCGAGUUUACGGCCGCCGUUAUCAAUUGUAUCGUCACGGCCGAACUCUCGAGUCUCGACGGUGAGCACGAACACGACGAACGAUGGUGCCAGCACAACAUAUAAAACGGCUACUGCCCGCUCUCGGAAGAGUUCGACAGCGUCCAGUUUGAGCACUUCUUCUGUGAGGACCACAAAGUCAACAGCUAGUUUGGCUUCAAAAUCGCCUUCCACAAGGAGUCCAGUUGUUAAGAAGGCGCCAUCGAUUACGUCGUCCAUACGUUCGACCGCAUCAACCGCUUCGACUACCAGGAGAAGUAUUUCGGGAACACCAGUGAAGAAGGAAGCAAAAAUUCCCGUGCCUCCCCUUCCGAAAGCGACUCCCAAAACUACGCGCGCGCAAAGUCUGGCAUCAGAGCACAAGAAGACGGAAAGUGUGGCCAGUAACAGCAGUAGCACGUCGACACUCAAACGCAAAGGAUCGUCGGAUACGAUCAAAACCACCACUGCUCCCAAAACGCCACCUACCGAACCUGCCCCCAUCUCGUCUACUCCAUCUUUACCUGUGUCCCCUCAGGCAAAGGGUGCGACCCUAGAAAUUGGUAUCCCUUGCAUUAUUUCCUCGCGGCGGAAGCGCUUCAAGGCUUACGCUCGAUACAUCGGAGAAGUCGAGGGAGAGCUAGGAAGCUGGGUCGGUGUUGAGGUUCCAGGGAAUUUCGCUGGUGAUCUGGGUGGCGAGUGGAACGAUGGCUCCUGGGGUGGAGUCCGAUAUUUCGAUAUUGGGGGCGGGGCAUCAAGUGAAUGGGGGGAUGGCUCAGGAUCAGGAUUUGCUGGUCGACGUAAAGCCGAUUGGGUACAUAUGCCCAGGAAUGGGAACGGGACGGUGAAGGGGGUGAAGAGACCUGGUGAAGGUAUGGGCGGGCGGGCGAAACGAAUAAGAAGCUCCAGUCCAGCAGGAAGUGAUAGCGAGGCUGCUGAGAGUCGAGGUUUGUUUGUGAGACCACAGCAGGUAUUGUAUGUUGUAGACGCGAUUGAUGGGGAUCUCUAG